ACAGUUACCACAUUAGAUAAGGGGAAUACAGUGAAGUGCUCGGUAUAGCUAUAUUUAAUAUCGAUAAUAAUUAAUAAUAUAACAUACACGUGCCAAAUAUAUCGGAAUGUAUGCAAUAUGGAUCCUCAAGAAUUAGUCCCUUUGGAAGCCGGAUUCCCCCGAAUUCGUCCGGCGCGCCAGACGAGCGUCUCGUCACGGUCCUGCUACAAAGGACCCAUCAGGCUAUGUCGCCUGCUUGCUCUGUUGAUUGUUCUGCCAUCGCUCUUCAUUUUCAUACCUCUGUAUAUGAGGUACCGAGUAUUUUCAGGACAGAUGUAUCCAAUGAGUAUGACAGACAUGAGGCUAAUAGAUAGCAAAAUAUCACCCACAUGGUGUCAGAGACAAGUGGUGCGAUCGAAUGCGACCUUCAACGCGUUUGUGGUGCCAGGUCCACCAGACUUCACGGAAGAGCUGGUGCCAGUCUCCAUGACCAGGGAACUGGAGUUGGAGGACGAUAUGAAGGAAUACUGGGGCUUCUAUCUGCUGCAAGGUUCCACUGUUACCGUGUCUGCUUGUGUGAGGUGGCCUGGUGCAUCCCUCAUAAUGAUAAAAGGGUACAAACACCUGCAAGAAUGCGCCUACAUUGGGGACGACUCAUCCGAAGAGCUGGACGAACUUCUGGAAGCCAAUAAACUUGGGCUGCUUUCCAACACCUCUCUUCUGGAGAAGAUACAACAGCUGAAGAAACAAGAUGGAAAGGCCAAUGAUCCUGAUGCAAUGAAACGUCACAAAGCUGGCGUCAGCUUCCACGACCCUGGCCGCUCUUCCAACAUCACGUCAUCAGGCAGUGUGCCGACUGUUGACGUCACGGACCAUGAUCCGAAAGAGCUCCGAGAAAUCUUAGAAAGGUUGCACGCACUACGAGAAGCGGCUAAGACCGAAUCGCUCAAAUAUUACCGACUACCCUCGCAUCUGAUGUCCUUGCCGGCACUUCACAGGCACAGAGACGCUAACGUGGACAUUGAUCAGAGGAAGUGGUUGUCUUUCAAGGAUAUCGAUGGAAAAAGUAGUGAACAAGUAACAGAGAAGACUGAAAUAGAAAUUAAUAAUACACUUAAUAAAUCUCCAUCUAUAGAUAAAAAAGAAAAUUCAACAAAUUAUAAAAAUGAAACAGAUAUUAAAACUAUGGCAAUGGAUGUUCAUAACAUAACUAUGAAAUUAAGUGGUGUAAAUAAUACUGAUAUCCCUAUUACAAAUAAAGAUGAAGAAACAAAUAUAAUUAAAGAAAGUUUAGAUAAAAAUACAGAUAACACAACACUUAAAGCAGCGGAAUUAGAGAACACAAAAGAAGACACCAAUUCCAAAGAAGUAUUCUAUCAAGUUCUGGAACAAUUGCAAUCACUUGGUGACAGAGGGAAGAGGGUACUUCUAAGACUACACGAGACAAUGGGAGUGCAGUAUAAGGAAAAGGAGGCGCCAGAUUUAACAAAUCUAAUGUCAGCUGUCACCGGCAGUGAAGAACAGCUGGACCACCUGCGGAAGGUGCUGGUGGAAAACAUUGAUGAGGAGAGGACCAGAUCGCAGAGGCAACAAAAGCGUCGAGAUGCGAGAGCAGAGGCCAGAGCCAAGCGCGAGCUGAUGCUGGGUCAGAUAGAACUUACCAAGCAGCUUAAUGAAGAUGACGAGGCGAGGAACUACGCGGCGGAGGAGGGCCUCCCCGACCUCUACGCUGACAUCCACCAAACAGUGAACGAGACCACCAACGGCAUAGACAUGUCUAACUCCGAGUUCUGGUCUUCCUUCUCCAGCAGCGAGGAGGCGUUGCUGGAGUGUGAGGGCCUGAUCCUCAACCUGCCGCUCACGCCGAGCGCGAUGUGCCAGCCGGGGGUGGGGGAGGAGGGGAUCAUGAACGCGGCUAGAGUUAAUGCUUUGACAUAUAGGGUCCCAGCAAAUGGCUACUACUUCUUCGUAUUCAACUCUGAGAAUGAAGUCCAGAAGAACUUCAUCAAAGCCAAGUUCGAUCUUCAGAAAACGAGAUAUGACAUUGCGAGAACGACGCUACGCGAAUGCAGAAACAGUACUGAUAGAUGUGACCUGUCACUUGAUAUUUUCUCUACACAAAAGGUUGUAUUGGAGUUACCUCUACGAAACAACGAUUCUCUAUGGAAUGAACAAUUUGUCAUCAUUUCGGAAUGCGAACCCCGGACGUCUGUGUACCUCUUCUGCGUCAUUGCGGUUCCUGUACUCAUCAUGAUGUUUGCCUUCCAAUGAAAUUGAAAAGAACCUGGUAUAUGGACUCUAAUAAGUUCGAGGUUAUGAUGUUUUAGAGUAGAAUCAACUCCAGUGUGGGAAAAAUACAGAGUUAGCGCCAUCACACGGUUGACGGUAACCAACCAUAAUGUAGAGAUCUAUUCAACAUCUUUGUUCGACAAUAUUCUAACAAAGUCCAGAAUAUUUAUAGGAUAUUGUCAAGUGGUAAGAAAAUGUUGUGUCAUUCUGUAAAAAUGGCUUCAUUAUGGAUUAUGUAAAUGUCUAGAAUGCUCUUAAAGGCCAUUAGAGGACGAUGAAUAUUACAGGGUUAUAAUAUCAAUAAGUUGAGAACCUUCCAGUAAUGUCGCAACAGCAUUUAUAUAUUUACACGAUGUAGCGUAUAUGAAUAAGCCAACUUUCUGUGCAGUUUGAUAGACAAACCAAACGGAGUUGCCCUUAUAGUAGAAUAGUUUUGUUGAUGAGACAGCCUAGGAACUACCCAAAUACGAGAUUUCCAUUGAAAAAGAUAUUGUUGUAAAAACUUCUUAGCUUAUGGCUAUAAUAGUGAUUAUUAUGAUGCAUAGCAACACGUCCAUAAUUCGUUUUAAGAUUCUUCUGCACACACAUCUUCAUGUAACGGACACUUUUCUUUAGAUAAAUAAAUGCCGCCUAUACAAUACAUUUAUGUUUAUUCCUGUAUUUGUAUUUCUUUUCAACAUUUAUUAAACUUUACACGUUACCUUAUAUA